GGAUAUAGAAAACCUGACGUGUCGUGUAAUAACAUUGAACCGAUGUGUUGUGUCACUGCGUGUCAUUGAACGUAUCAUUUCGGCCUCGUGCGUUAUUUGCAUAUUGCAUGUAAAUAAUACGCGAUUGUGUCUGAUUGUGUCGAACAGUGACGUGGCCUAAAAUUCACGCAAAAACACGUAGAUUCUCAUUUCGCGGACUCGGCGGUUUUGUUUUCCUUUCUUUUUUACAUGCGUGCACGAUACGAGCCUCGUCAUCGUCGUCCGCGCCGUUGAUCUUCCGCAGUUCAAAUUAUUUCUCGUGAACAGGAGAUUAAAUGCUUCGGUCUUACUGAUAGAAGCUCACUUCUGACUUCCCUCGCUCGUAAUACGUGGCUCCUUUUAAAGUACCAAACAUGACGGAGGACAUGUUGGGUGCGGACAUUUGCAGGGUCUGUCGGUCAGAGGGCCUGGCCGACAGACCCCUGUUUCAUCCCUGUAUAUGCACGGGCAGCAUCAAAUGGAUACAUCAGGAAUGUCUGGUACAGUGGAUGCGCUACUCGCGCAAGGAGUAUUGCGAGCUCUGCGGUUACCGCUUCUCGUUCACGCCUAUAUACAGUCCGGACAUGCCACGGCGUUUACCGCUAAGGGACGUUGUUGGCGGUUUGUUCUCAAGCAUCGUCACCGCCGUGAAAUACUGGCUGCAUUACACACUGGUGGCGAUCGCUUGGCUAGGAAUCGUCCCUCUAACCGCGUGUCGCACGUACAGAGCUCUCUUCAGCGGGCCGCUUGAUUUAGUUCGGAUAAUGUCUUUACCAAUGGAUAUGCUUUCUACCGAGAAUAUAUCAUCGGACGUGUUUCACGGUUGCUUUGUAGUUACUUGCACUUUGUUCGCGUUCAUCGGCCUGGUGUGGCUACGCGAGCAGAUUUUACACGCGGGCGGUCCCGACUGGCUUGAGAGAGAUGUACAGUUACCACCAGUCGACAAUCCACCACAAGCAAACGCACAACGACCACAUCAACCUCAGGAACAGCGCGCUAUGCCGCAAGAAGUUCAGGAUAACAAUAAUAUUCCUCCUUUCAUUGAUCCGCCUAUCCCACAAGAAGGAGAAUUACAUAAUGAAGAUCAACGUCCCAUAUACCGAGAAGCAGAAAAUUUAGCCAAUAAUCCACGAAUUGGCGAACCUGAGGAUCUAAUGGGCGAUAUACAAGCACCAGCUCCUGCCGCACCACCCCUUCCAAUCAGGGACGAACUCGGCGUAGAUGGUGGUCAGGCGAAUGCUGCGGGUGGCGAGCGUUGGGCGAGACACGCGGCAGUGCAGGCACACCUGGUAGGACAAGGUGAGGCCGAGGAGGCCAAUUGGAAUCCUAUGGAAUGGGAUAGACAAGCGGAGGAAUUAACUUGGGAACGUCUCUUAGGAUUGGAUGGAUCUCUUGUCUUUCUUGAACAUGUCUUCUGGGUUGUGUCCCUAAACACCUUAUUUAUCAUGGUAUUUGCUUUCUGUCCUUAUCAUAUCGGUCAUUUUACGAUAGCGGGAUUGGGUCUGCAGGAACACGCGGCUGCGUCGCAUUUUGAAGGUCUGGUGACUACGUUGUGCGGAUACUGCGUUAUUGGAGUUUGUCUGGUGGUCCUCCACACUCUCGCCGCAGUAUUAGGCUUUCAACGCUCCCAACGUAUCUUAGGACUCUGUUACGUUAUCGUCAAAGUCUCUUUGCUCUCGGUCGUAGAGAUCGGCGUACUUCCAUUAGUUUGUGGUUGGUGGUUGGACAUCUGCUCGCUGGCGAUGUUCGACGCUACGCUCCGAGAUAGAGAAUCCUCAUUUAGACUCGCUCCCGGCACGUCCAUGUUUAUUCAUUGGCUAGUGGGGAUGGUUUACAUAUAUUAUUUCGCGUCGUUUAUUCUUCUCUUACGCGAGGUUCUGCGGCCCGGCGUUCUCUGGUUUCUGCGAAAUUUGAACGAUCCCGAUUUCUCUCCUAUACAAGAAAUGAUACAUCUUCCCAUAUUGCGACACGUACGACGACUAGUCGCGUCCGCAAUCAUAUUCGGUACGGCAAUUUUACUGAUGCUGUGGUUGCCCGUGAAGAUCUUGAGAUGGGCUUGGCCAGGAUUUUUACCCUACACUGUGACUGUACAAAGCGAAGCUCAGGUCAGUGAACUCUCAUUGGAGCUACUUCUGUUGCAAGUGAUCCUUCCCGCGUUGUUAGAACAGUCGCACACACGCACAUGGUUGAAAGCCCUAGUAAGAGCAUGGUGCCGCGUGGUAGCGUGGAUGCUGGAUCUGCAAUCGUAUCUUCUGCGGGAUCAGGCGGAUGAUCCGGGACCAGCGGUGAUCGAGGAGCCGCAACAUCCGGACUUGGGUGCCGCGCAUCAAGCGUUGCUGCAGAGAGAGGGACCCACAGGAUUUCAACCAUAUGUCAGACCACGAUGGUUUCCUGCAAGAUUAAUCGGGCUACUAUUCUGCGUUUGCGUGUCCCUCGUGAUUGCUAGUUUAAUCGCUAUGACGCUGCCCGUAUGGCUUGGACGCAGAGUGAUGGCAUUGUGGAUGGUAGGGGCGCCUGCUCCGUCUCCGCCUGUAUUAGCGCCUACAUUAACUGGUUCCGAUGGUGGCGAAACUGUUGGUUCUUUAUCCGGAAGAGUACACGAGGUAUACACGAUAGCCUGCGGGACAUACGUAUGUUGGGCCGCGGCUCGAGGCUUAGCAUUGGCAUUUUCCUGGCUGCCCCGCGGCCGAAGGGCCAUCGUAGAUCGGAUCAAACACUGGGCAAUCUUGGCCGUGAAGGCCUCAGUGGCGUUCGUGCUACUUGUCGGAGUUAUACCGCUCCUAUUCGGUCUUCUUCUUGAAUUAGUUGUGGUGGUUCCAUUGCGUGUCCCAUUAGAACAAAAUCCCAUCUUAUUUAUCUGGCAAGAUUGGGCCUUGGGCGUAUUAUAUACGAAAAUAGCCACCGCCGUAACGAUGAUGGGACCGGAUUGGCGAAUACGUCUUGCUAUCGAACGAGCGUACAAUGAAGGGAUAAGGGAAAUGGAUUUGAAAUUUGUCAUCAAGGAAUUAGCGGCCCCUGUAAUAUGUUGCUUCGGCCUCGCUCUCGCGGUUCCUUACGCCGUGGCCUACGGAAUAGUUCCACUUUUUGUGACUAAUCUGCAGACCCAGAUUCUCAUCGCCAGACGUCUAUAUCCUUUUCUUCUUUUAGUAAAUCUGGUCGGCGCAGUAAUCUGCUUUCAGGUACGUCAGUUCAAGAAGCUGUACGAGCAUAUUAAGAAUGACAAGUAUCUCGUGGGGCAAAGGCUCGUGAAUUAUGAGCAUCGUAAUAAAUCACAGACCCAGCAUCAAUCACAAAGACCGAGCUAACGGUGUUAGUAGGCAUAAUAUUGUUACGGGCGGAGGACGGAUUAGGAUUAGCUUCGUGUACAUUCUUUAAGAACUACUUACCGAUUUAUAAUUUAUAUUAUACAUAUACAUAUACCCAACAAACCACGAAUGUAAUUACUAUAUAACAUAGAUGUAAACCAUUAUAUUUAUGUAUAUGUUACAUAGCAAUUAUAUUUGUAUUUGUUGGAUAUAUAGUCAUGAUUUUAUUUUUAAUAUUAUAAUUUAUUGAUGUAAAGCGAUACUGAAUAAAUCAAAGACUGUUAUCCAGUGUAUCGCUUCUCACUCCGAUACUUCAUACUUUUAAUCAUAUGUAUAUCAGUUAUGAUUAUUGAACAAAGAAUGAACAAGAUUUCAAUCGCAUUUGCAGUAACGAAGAAAACCGUGAUUGUAGAACUAUGAUAAAUAUGUUGAGAACAACACAAUUUUAUUCUUUGCUAAUUAACUCCAAAAUUAUGACGUAGUCCAACUUGUGCCUAUUCUAUAAUUUCUUAAUGUAGCCGUAUUUUAUCAACAUCCGUCAUGCCAACGUGUCGUUAUAUAAAUAUAACAUACGGUUAUAAAACUGCAUAAAACAAAGAUACCAGUGGUUAAUAUAUUGUCGUUAGGAAGUCAUAGAAUAGACAUACAGAAGUAUAAGACAUAAAUGUUACAGAUAUAAAUGUACAGAAUAAAAUCUUGAUGAUUCUUUUAGAUCUUAUAAUUAUGAGAGGUAGAGAGAGAAGGUAGAAGGGGAGGGAUAAUAAUGGGAGGAAAAAAGAAAUAUGAAAGUACACAUCGUAGUUAUUGUUAUCUAAUAUAGAAUAUUAUUUCGAUCUCUAUGUAGAUAAUCAAAUUUAUAUAAAAUCUACAUACAUUUGACUAGCGGCAAAUUUAGUGUAAUCUGAUAUUUUAUUAUAACUUCAAUUGUGUUUAUGUGCAAAUUGAAGUUUCGUCUACGGGUUAUGUUUUUGUCGUUAAUUUUUGUUUUUAUUCGAAUAUGAGAAUCAAUUGUUUCUAAUUUAUGCGCAAAUCACAUGUAGAUACCCGAUGAUACGGUAUAUACAUGUAUAUAUAAAACAUAUUUCCAAUAAACUAAUAUUUUAUAAGAAAA